AUGUCUACAUUAAAUCAGAGACUAACAAGAGAGAACCUUUCUGGAUCUCGGCAACCCCUCACAAAUACCUCAGAGUUCUCUAGGUCAGGGUGUGGCCAAGUUCUUCGGGUUCCCAAAGGACAGAUUCUACUCGAAAGUUAUCCCCUGAAUGCUCACUGUGAGUGGACCAUUCAUGCCAAGCCCGGAUUCAUCAUCCAGCUUAGAUUUGUUAUGCUGAGCCUGGAAUUUGACUAUAUGUGCCAAUAUGACUAUGUUGAGGUCCGGGAUGGGGACAACAGUGACAGCAGGAUAAUCAAACGCUUCUGUGGGAAUGAGCGGCCAGCCCCCAUCCAAAGCACGGGGCCCUCCCUCCACAUCCUCUUCCAGUCAGAUGGCUCUAAGAACUUUGAUGGGUUCCAUGCCAUCUUUGAAGAGAUCACAGCCUGUUCUUCAUCUCCAUGCUUCCAUGACGGCACGUGCCUCCUUGAUAAAGCUGGAUCCUAUCAGUGUGCUUGCCUGGCGGGCUACACUGGGAAGCGCUGUGAAAGUCUGGUGAUGUGUAAGACUCCAGGUGUUCCUGCCCAUGGGAUGGUGGAAGGAAGUGAUCUUAGAUAUGGGGCCCAGGUUUACUUCAGGUGCCUCCCGGGGUACAGCUUAAAAGGCAAUCGGGUUGCCUUAUGUCAGCUUGAUGGAAGCUGGACCACACAUGACCCAGCCUGUGUGCUGGAAGAAAAAAACUGUUCUGACCCAGGAGGCCCAGUCAAUGGGUAUAGGAGAACAUCGGAAGGCAGUGGGCUCAUAAAUGGGCGCUAUGCCAAAAUUGGCACCGUCAUGUCCUUCUUUUGCAACCACUCCUAUGUGUUAAGUGGAAAUGAACAAAGAACUUGCCAAUCAGAUGGAGAAUGGUCAGGAAAGCAGCCUAUAUGUAUAAAAGCGUGCCGAGAACCAAAGAUUUCUGAUCUAGUGAGACAGAGAGUCCUCCCCAUGCAAGUCCAGUCAAGGGAGACUCCUCUACACCAGCUCUACUCAGCAACAACGUUCAGCAAGCAGAAGCUGGACAGCUACCCAACUAAGAAGCCAGCACUUCCGUUUGGGGAGCUGCCCCCUGGCUAUGUUCACCUACACACCCAGAUCCAAUAUGAGUGCCUCUCGCCCUUCUACCGCCGCCUGGGGAGCAGCCGAAGAACCUGUUUAAAGACGGGAAAGUGGAGCGGGCGGGCGCCCUCCUGUAUUCCAAUCUGUGGAAAGAUUGAGAACGUGACUGCUCCAAAGACACCCGGGACUCGUUGGCCAUGGCAAGCCGCCAUCUACAGAAGGACCAUUGGGUUGCAGGAUAGCAGCCUCCACAAGGGCACCUGGUUCCUGAUCUGCAGUGGCGCCCUGGUGAAUGAAAGGACUGUGGUGGUGGCUGCACACUGUGUCACCGACCUGGGCAAGAGCAUUGUGAUCAAGGCAGCUGAGCUCAAAGUGGUCCUGGGAAAGUUCUACCGAGAUGAUGACCGAGAUGAGAAGACGCUUCAGAGUUUACGGAUCUCUGCCAUCAUCGUUCAUUCCAACUAUGAUCCCAUCCUGCUCGAUUCUGACAUCGCCAUUGUAAAACUCCUUGACAAAGCUCGAAUUAGCAGCAGGGUACAGCCCAUCUGCCUGGCAGCCCUCCGGGACUUCAGCCCCUCCAGUGAAGACACCCAGAUCACAAUUACAGGCUGGAAAAUUCUCGCUGAUGUGAGGGCCCCUGGUUUUAAAAAUGAUUCCCUCCGCUCAGGAGUCGUGAAGGUGGUUGACUCUCUACUGUGUGAGCAACAGUAUGAGGACCAUGGGAUCCAGGUCAGCCUCACAGACAACAUGUUCUGUGCCCAGCAGGACCCAAUUGCUCCCUCCAAUAUCUGCCCUGCUGAGACAGGUGGCAUUGCAGCUGUGUCUUUGCCUGGGAAGGCUUCCCCUGAACCAAGCUGGCACCUGAUGGGGCUGGUGAGCUGGGGCUAUGACAAGACCUGCAGUCUCAACCUCUACACUGCCUAUACCAAGGUUCUGCCCUUCAAAGACUGGAUUGAGAAAAAUAUGAAAUAAUAACUAUACCUGUAAAAUAUUUUGUGUAUAUAAAAAUGUAUGUGCAUGUGUGUUUGUUUGUAUGUGUGAGAGAGAGAGAGAGAAACAGAGACAGAGACAGAGACAGAGAGACAGAAAGACAGAGAGACAGAAAGACAGAGAAUGAAAGAAUAAGUGCCUCUGGGGAGAGGGUGUUGUUUUAAAGAGCUUUCUCUCAUUUGCUCUUAAACUUAGCUGUGCCUAGGAUCCUAGCACUAGCAACAAGCUCCAGCUGGGGUUUAGCAGAGGCAGUAGCACCUACAAGACAUCCUUGAUUAUAAAUGAAUUGGAUUGAAUAUUUGGAAGGCCCUCUUGUAUGUUAACCCCAGGCUACAACCUGUAGUUAGAGAAGCAGUCCAUUGAGCUGGUCUUUCAAUAGUUGUGUUAUGGAUAAGCCUUGUGUUUCGACCAUGGCCUUGACUUAAAAUUUAAAAGGAAGGAAAUAACAGGCUAGGUUGCAUUUUGGAAAUUAAUGGUAAAGCACUCUUGAUGAUACCAGCCUUCUCUGUGAUAUAAAAACACACCGUCUGAACACUAGGACUGUGAACCAUAGAAGACUGUAGUCUUUGAAGUACUGUAAUUAUGGAUGACUCAAAGGUGAUGAAUGGCAAGAAAUGGCAAGAAAGGCACUCAAGAAAUGUAGGAUCAGUGGAAGAGAUGGAGAAGCUGUGAGAGUGAGGGAUAAAAGUUAAACUGCCUGAGGAUUUCAUUGGUGUUCACAGAAUUUUGAAUUACAUAAAGGAGGGUCUUCAAUACACUGGGCAGAUGCUCCAAAAAGGAUUAACAGAUGAGAAAAGACAAGCAUGUGGGACAAGGAUGACACAAGGAUGAGCACAAGUUGAGUAGAUACAGAUGGAUUGCCAUCUAGACCCUUGAAGGAAAAGUCCACACUAAUGAGAUUACAGCUCCAUUCAGGUAUUCCAUACUGAAGGAAUCUCAUGGACAAUUUGUGUUUAUAUGAGCUUCAUUACUUCAAAUGAUAUCUGAUUUCUUUGCCAACAAAUUCACAAAUAUAUAUCAGUCAUCUAUUAUGUGCCAGGCUAUUAGGGAUACAAAAAGGCAAAAACAGUACCAGUCAUCAAGGAGCUUCCAUUCUAACUUAUUGCCUCAUCUUCUCAUCAUAUGUGACAUAGCUAUCUAUGUCCUUCAAAAGGGGUCCACCUUGUUUAUGUAAAGGGGCAAAGAAAAGAAUGGGAAAUCAUCAUGGUGUUCUUUACCAUCUCAGGGGCUAAAUGCUGGGCUUUGGUUCUGGCAUACUGAAUGAGUUGCACUGAGCACACAAUUGGGCAUCAAGGAAGGAUGUGUAGGCUUCCUCAAGACUUCUGCUAGGGCACCUACCCAAACUUCAAAUUCCUAAUAGCAAUUUGGGAGAGAGAACCCCUUGAAGAAAUUCUGGUCCUUGUGCAUGCUUUCAUGAGUACUGGCACCAUAUGAUGUAUUCCUUUUCCUUCCUGAGCUGCUGUAAACCCUUUAAUAAAAUUAAGGUUGGCAUUUGAACCUUACCAAA